UACAUGAAAUGGUACAUGGGCAGAGAGAACAGAUCAGUUGGCCCAGCGAACGAUAAACAAGCCGUAAAUGGGGAUCCCAUAUACUCCUCAAAGAUGUUCCUACACUGGGUUUACUGCAUCCUAGUAAUUCUGCUGGCCCACCACGCUCAGGGAAAUCCCAUUGAACGCAAGGCAAAAGUGGCCACUGAGUUCAUAAUUCUGCACAACAAUGAUAUGCACGCCCGGUUCGAGCAGACGAACGUUAACAGCGGCCCAUGCUCCCAGGAGGAUGCCAAUACGGACAAGUGCUAUGGAGGAUUCGCCCGAGUGGCCUAUGAGGUGCGCAAGUACCGCCAGGAGGCGGCGAAUGGAGGAACUCCCGUGUUUUACCUGAAUGCUGGCGACACUUACACUGGAACCGCUUGGUUUACCAUCUUCAAGGACAAGAUCGCCAGCGCAUUCCUUAACAAACUUCAACCAGAUGCUAUUUCGCUGGGUAACCACGAGUUCGAUGAGAAAGUCGAGGGGCUAAUACCAUUCCUUAACGAGGUCAACUUUCCGGUGGUGACCUGCAAUCUCGAUAUGAGGAAUGUGCCCGAGUUGGCUGCCACAAAACAUUUGGUGCCCUCCACGAUCCUGGAGACCCAGGGCGCCAGGAUAGGUGUGAUUGGCUAUUUGACGCCAGAUACUAAGAAGCUUACCCUCCAGAGUGAGGUGGAGUUCUACGAGGAAGUGGUUUCCAUCAAUGCUGAGGCGAAGAAGCUGAAGGCGCAGGGCAUCAAGAUUAUCAUUGCCUUGGGCCAUUCUGGCUAUCUGAAGGAUCAGGAGAUAGCCAAGAGCUGCCCGGAGGUUGAUAUCGUGAUUGGCGGCCACACAAACACUUUCCUCUACAACGGAGCCCAGCCCGAUGCAGAACACAUCGACGGUCCCUACCCCACGCUGAUUAAGCAGAAGAGCGGCAAGGAGGUGCCUGUGGUGCAGGCCUAUGCCUACACCAAAUAUCUGGGCAAGAUCCAUGUGCAGUUCGAUGCGGAGGGAAAUCUGAUUGAGUUCGAUGGGGCGCCCAUACUGCUGAAUGCCUCGGUGGCCCAGGAACAGGAUCUGCUGGACCUGCUGGAGGUGUACCGACCCAGUGUGAUACAUCUGGAGAAGUCGGUGAUGGGGCACACAAAAGUCUACCUAGAGGGACGUAAGCAGGUGUGCCGCGACAGGGAGUGCAACCUGGGGAACAUGAUCACCGACGCGAUGGUCUUCAGUCGGGUGCGGGAGGAGCAGGGUGGUGACUACUGGACCGAUGCUGCAAUCGCUGUUAUGUCGGCAGGCGGCAUACGCAGCUCAAUCGAGAAAAGGUCAGACGGCUCGAUCACCGACAGCGACAUACUGUCCGUCCUGCCCUGGGGCAAUAAGCUCUUUAUGACAAGAGUAUCUGGAAAGACGCUACGCAAUGCCCUUGAGCACGGGGCGGCUGCCCGUGGCAAGGACUCGGACGGUCCCUUCCUGCAGGUCUCCGGAAUCCACGUGGUCUACAACCCCAGCAAACCCGAGGGCCAGCGCGUCGUCUCGGUGCAGGUUCGGUGUGCUGCCUGCCGCAUUCCCACCUACAGUGACCUCGACGACGCGGCCUUCUACAAUGUGAUUGUGAAUGAGUUUAUGUUCGAUGGAGGCGAUGGGCACGUCAUCCAUGAGGCCCACAACCCACAGCACCAGCGCCUGCAGCACAAGGACAGUGAGUCAGUGCGACAGUAUCUACGGGAUCGCAACUACAUCUAUCCGGAGGUUGAAGGUCGCAUUAUAUUUACGAGUGCUGCGGGUGGCCUCUUUGCCUCCGCGGCCCUGCUUCUGGUCUCCUUCUUGGUGAUGCGUGUCCUUAGUUAAGCUUCUGUUGCACUUUGAAUAUUAAACUUUUAGUGUGUGUGUGUGUCCUUUUAAACAUUUCUCACCCAUGAAAUCAGCAUAAAAUUAAAAAUUAAUAAUGAUCUUUAUUUCAUAUGUAGUAUUUCCGAUUUUGGGAUUUCACGACUUAUGAAAGAGUUCCAAAGACCUUAAAGACAGCUCGCUCGAUGUCAUCAAUAAACCAAUGGGAUUCCACGAGGUAGUCACCUUCC